UGCAAUUGAUUAUCUGACAAAGUUAUCAGAAAACGACGAGGAGAAUUAUUUAGUCUUCAGAUGUUUUGCAGGUGAGUGCUCCAAUACAUUGUUGUACAUUAUGCACAAGCUGGGGCAUUAUGGUGGCGAUGCGAGAUUGAUGGAAAUAAUCUCGCAUCAUUUAGAAGUAUGUGAAUGCUUUAAUCAUGAAGAAGACGAUGGAGGUUACAUAACUGACUUCAAGCGUCGCGCUGGAGACUGGGCAAUUUCGCAUCAUGGGGGACAUCCGUUAGGCCUUAGUUUGAGACGACGACGUCCAGCCGAACAAGCGAUUAAUGAAGUCGUAUCACGAAAAGCACAAAUUGAGGCCGUACGGGAUUAUAUCCGUAAUGAGCGCAACAUCCCCGUGGUUCUAUUAUCAUCUGAUGAAUCGCAAUUCUGCCCAUGCAUAUAUUGUGGAGUCCCCUUAUUCUAGCACGACCGCGUGAAAAUGAAAAAGAAUAGGAGAAGGAGGAAG